UAUUAUUUAAAAAAUUCUUGAGUUUGUAUUGUGACAUAAGCUGAUAUCAAUAGUUAAAACUUUGAAGUCAACCAGACCAGACAACACAAUUACACAUAAAUAUAAAUAAAUCAUAUUUAUAAGUAACAUUAUUGUUACUUCAUUUAUUUAAAUUAUGGAGAAACAAUAUUUAAAAAUCACCACAAAAAAUGAAGACAUUGAUCGAAUUUUAAAUGAGUGGCUUGAAUGGGAUAGGGGUGAACAGGGUCUUAAAAAAAUUGAAACUUUAGCCCAAAACCACCAAUAUGAUGAACUCAAAAAAUUAUUUUCAUCACCUCGUUUAACAUUUGGAACAGCCGGAUUACGUGGUCCAAUGCAACCAGGCCCUGGUGGUAUGAAUGAAUUAAUAAUUCUACAGACAGCUCAAGGUCUUUUACGAUACUCAGAAGAAUCAUUGGGUGAUCAAUUAUUUAAGCGUGGUGUAGUUAUUGGAUAUGAUGGAAGAUAUAAUAGCAAAAGAUUUGCUGAAAUAACCGCAAGAAUUUUUCAGAAUGCUGAAGUGCCAGUGGGCUUAUUUACAGACUAUGUGCCUACACCUUUAAUUCCAUAUACAGUGAUGUCAGAAAAAUAUGCAAUAGGAAUUAUGGUGACCGCUUCUCAUAAUCCUAAAGAUGAUAAUGGUUAUAAGGUGUACUGGGAAAAUAGCUGCCAAAUAACACCACCGCAUGACAAAAAUAUACAAAAGCAUAUUCUAGAGAAUCUUAAACCUUGGCCCAAAUCUUGGGACAUAACAGUACUUCCCAAGAGUGUUCAUAAAGAUCCCUCAGUUUUGUUUGAUAAUUACUGCAAAAGUCUGAGUAAAUUAAUACCAGAUAAUUUGAUGAGUUUAAAUUCAAAAUCAUCACUUGAAUUUGUUUAUUCGCCUAUGCAUGGUGUGGGAUAUAAAUACAUUCAGAAAGCUUUUGAGCAAGCAAAUCUCAGACCAGUGAUAGCAGUUGAGGAACAAGCGCAUCCUGAUCCAGAUUUUCCAACAGUUAAAUUUCCCAAUCCCGAAGAAAAUAAAGCUUUGGAUUUGGCAAUAGAGUUAGCAAAUAAGAAGGGAAAGACUAUAGUUUUAGCUAAUGAUCCAGAUGCUGAUCGUCUUGCAUGUGCUGAAAAAUUAGGCAAUGGAGAAUGGCAUAUUUUCACCGGUAAUGAAUUAGGUGCCCUUCUAGGAUGGUGGUCACUUGAAGUGCAUAAACUUCUAAACCCUAAUUUAAAUUUAGAUAGCGUGUAUAUGUUAUCAAGUGCUGUAAGCUCUAAAAUUUUGAAAACUAUGGCUGAACAUCAUGGCUUUCAUUUUAUUGAAACCCUUACUGGAUUUAAAUGGAUGGGAAAUGAAGCUAUUAAACUGAUUGCGAAUAAAAAACAUGUUCUCUUUGCAUUUGAAGAAGCUAUUGGUUUCAUGUGGGGCACUUUAGUUUUAGACAAAGAUGGUAUCAGUGCAGCUACUAUGCUUGCUACAUUAGCAUGCUUUUUGUAUGAUGAAAAAAAAUUAACACUCCAUGAACAAAUAAACCGAAUUUACAAUCAGUAUGGUUAUCAUAUGACAAUAAAUUCUUACUAUAUAUGCCAUGAACAGGACACAAUCAACUCUAUUUUUGCACGCUUGCGUAAUUUUCCUGGUUCCAAACGGUCUGAUAAGUACCCACAUGAAAUUUUAAAUGGAAAGUAUGAAAUCAGUCGCAUUCAAGAUUUAACAACAUGCUAUGAUAGUUUAUUAAAACAACCAAAUUUACCAUGUAGCAAGUCUUCGCAAAUCAUCACAUUUUUUUUCAACAAUGGAUUUUCAGUGACACUUAGAACAAGUGGAACAGAACCAAAGUUAAAAUAUUAUAGUGAAAUGUGUGCAAAACCAGAGAUGAAGGAUCUAGUCACACUGAAGCAAACUGUUAAAGAAAUGAUAGAAGCUGUUUGUCAAGAAUUUCUUCAACCUGAGGAGAAUAGAUUAAUAUCAAGAGAAAAAUAGAUCUUAAUUAAAUAGACUUUAAAUAAUUAGCACAAUUUAUUUUUAGCUGAAGAGAUUUCAGUUUUCACUUAGCUGGAAUAAAACAACUAUUG